GCUCGCCCCGUCGACUGUCUGGUAUAGCCCCAGCCGACUCCGCGUGAACUCUCGAGGGAUCUCGGUGUACGAACUCUGUUCACACCGAGCAGCUGGGAGUGGCUGCGGCUAUAGCAGGUCGAUACAAGUCGACUUGUACAUGCAACGCAUGUGCUCCAAGCAAGCCGCCAUCGCCGCCACGACUGCUGCUGCCGCUGCAGCCGCAGUGGCCUACUGGCUCGGCCGACGGCACUCCUUGACGGGCAAAUCAUCGUCGACAGAUCUGUGCUCGUGCGGCGCCAGCCUCGCAGGUAUGACAGAGGCAGACAGGAGGUUCCACCAGCAGAGCCGCAGGCACAUUACCAACUGUCGAGCGUUGAGGCGCGGCCGAAUCGUCGUCGCCGAGAACUUUUCCGAGUACCGGCGGACCAUCGAGACGGUGGUCGCAGCAACCGAUCGGGUGCUGGAGGUCGGCUGCGGCCGCGGCGUCACCACGGCCCUCAUCGCCCGCCGGUGCGGUCACGUCCUGGGCGUCGACCUCUCUGCAAAGGUGAUUGCGAUGGCGAGAUCGCGCUUCCCGCGCCUCGACUUCCUCGAGGCAGAUGCGAGCGACGUGUCUGCGCUGCGCGCUCGAGGUCCCUUCGACAAGAUAUUCGUCGAUGUCAACGGCAGCCGCGAGCUGCAGAUGUUGCUGCCGCUCCUCGAGGCGCUCGACGCUGCGCUCGCGCCGGAGGCGUUGGUGGUAAAGAACGCGCCGCUGAAGCGGCUGCUUAUGAGAGCGUCCCUCGUGGACGCGUUGCCUAACCUUGCCCUCGCCCCCUCGGGUGACGGUGCGUUACUGAGGAGAGAAUACAAGAGGUGCAUGUGAGACGUGUCACACGCACACGCGCCUCGCGCGCAAAAAGUGUUCUCACAAACACUCCACACUACUCACAUAAAACUACGUAUAGU